GUGAGGGUACCUUUGGUUGGUGGGGAAAAUCUGAGCAUCAAGCUCGAGGAUGGCCCCGGCUCGAGCACAAUCCUUGAAAAUGCCAGCGGAAAACUCGCGAGGUUCAACGGAUCUCAGGUCGGGGAAUUGGCAGAGAACGACACGUCCUUCGCAUCCUCUUUUGUUGUCGCACCCAUCUGGGCGAAGUUGCAAAACAACACCGGGAUGGAGUAUACAGUGUUCCUCGUGCCGAAGGGUUCCCACAUUGGCAACAAGAUUCUGUUCGGCUUCGGCAUCAUCCCGGCAGUUAUGGCGGUCGGUGUGGCGCUCUGCACCUUGCCAUGCUUUCUGAUGGCUUUGGCCAGAGGCAACGUCUUGAUGCCAGUCGGCGGGGAGCCUCCAGAGGAAGACUCCGUGAAGCAGUCCCCAAAGGAAGACUCCGUGAAGGAGACACCAAAGGAAGGCUCCGUGAAGGAGUCUGCAGAGGAAGACGCCGUGAAGGAGACCCCAAAGGAAGGCUCCGUGAAGGAGCCUGCAGGGGAAGACGCCGUGAAGGAGACCCCAAAGGAAGGCUCCGUGAAGGAGUCUGCAGAGGAAGACGCCGUGAAGGAGCCUCCAGAGGAAGACUCCGAGGACGAGGACCCUGUCAAGUUCUCCCAUCGCGAGUUGGAGCAUCUCCAGCAGAUCGGGGAAAAAAUGGGCAUUGCUAUGAAGCCGGUCUUCGUUUUGCAGCCUUCCAGCUUCACCUGGGCCACGGAGCUCUGGGUAACACAACUCAGCUUGGCCACUUUUGCGGCAGUCCAGCUCGUCAUCUCGGCGAUUUUCCACCUCCGCCUCUUGCUGAUAGAACCUUUCAUGGUGUGCAUUGAGGUAGCAGAAUAUGCUCUGAUCCUGCUUUGUUGCAUCGCUCUGCUUCUCGGGAAACAUGCGGCGGCGAAAACAACACGGGAAUAUGCAAUCUGCCCAUCGACGAUCAGAGAUCAGGACAUCCAGACGCUGUUGAACAAGCAUCUUCGGAGAAUGAGCCUUAUGCCCUUUGUGCCCACGCUUCUGCUUAUCUACUGGUGUGCAGCUGCGUUUGCUGUGCAGCCAAUGAUUGAACAAGUCACACACAAGUCAAGGACUUGGCUAGACAGUUUGCAGCUCUUCAAUACGCUCUACAAGGCAAUAGGACUCCUCAACAACGAAUGCCUUCUCUACUGCUUGUUCUUCAAAUUCAUGGUGGACGCGUCUGUUCUGGCUCGUACGGUGCAGUCUCACGCAGAGGCGAUUGCAGAGAGAAUCGACGUCAAACUCAUCGAGGAAGGAGUUCUUCUCUAA